AUGCAGAAAUCGCAAGAAGGGUUCGCGUGGACUGCGAAAGAUGGCUUUCAGUAUGGAUUGACCACUGCGGCUGUUGUGCCCUCGACCCCGAAGUCUGACCUAUCAUCGAGCUAUGAUGUUAUUGUCAUUGGUGCCGGCUUUGCUGGGCUAACUGCCGCUCGCGAACUUGCAUUCAAAGGAAAAAAUGUACUCGUCAUUGAAGCUCGAGAUCGUAUUGGCGGUCGCUGUUGGACUGUGCAAACUGGAAAAGACAGCAAGGUUGAGAUUGGUGGCACAUGGGUCCACUGGCAACAACCUCACGUAUUCAGCGAGUUGCAAAGAUAUGGACUCGAUGACUUUGAGGAAACCGUGGCUUUCCCUGAAAAUUGUGAGUCUGCGGCCAAGGAAUCGCGAUCCCAACCAGCUGUAGUGCAGGAUCCCGCUGAAGGACGAGUCAUGAUGGAGCAGCUCGAAGGACUUAUGAUGAGGUUCUUUGAUGUUGAUGGACAGGGGGGGCGCAGUAUAAUACCGUUCCCAUUCAGCACAGCGUCGAGCGUCAGACAGAACCCGGACUACCUUGAACUGGAUAGACUCAGCGUCAGAGAUCGUGUUGCGCAGCUCGAGGGCUGCACUCAAGAGCAACAGUCUAUGCUUAGCGCGCAUGCAGCUUCAUUCUACGGCAUCUCCCCUGAAAAGGCUUCACUUACGGAAGUGCUUCACACACACGCAUUAUGUAACUUCGAUCCUGCGAUGAUCGAGACAGCCACCAUGAAGUACAAGGUUGCAAAGGGCACCACUGCCUUUGCGCUAGCAAUCCUCGAAGACUACAAGGGCGACAGGAUCUUGAACUCUCCUGUGACAUCAAUCACUCAGGGAGAUGGCGAAUUUCCUGUUACUGUCACGCUCAAGAAUGGGGAACGGUAUUUGUCCAAAACGGUCAUCUCGACAGUCCCCAUCAAUGUAAUUUCCUCAAUCGUCUUCGACCCCCCGCUCUCCACACUGAGAAAGGAAGCCUUCACCACCGGGGUAACUCCAGCAAGGCAGAUAAGCUCCUUCUGCGAGGGAGGCGAUAUGCCCUAUGCAAGUGGCUUUACAGACGGAAACCAUGGCGACCAUACCCUUCUCACUUUGCUUGUCCAUCCUGAUAACGGCCUAGACCACUCCGAUGAGACUAUCCGUCUUGUUGAAAGUCUUCGUCCGGCGGGCAUUCAAGUUGAAUCUGCCUAUGCCCAUCUCUGGUCAGAUGACCCCUACGCUGGCGGAGUAAUGCCAGUUCGAGGACCUGGAUUUUUGCAAAAGUAUAAUCAUGAGAUACGAAAGCCACAUGAGAAUGUGUAUUUCUGUGGAUCGGACUUUGCGGAUGGCUGGCGCGGGUUCAUUUCGGGCGCCUUCGAGGACGCCUACCGUGUCACUAGAGAGAUCUUAACACAAAACUAG